AUGCGUAUUGGUGACACUUUUUCCUUGCUGCAAUGCGGGCUGGGUUGCCCUGCUGGAAGCCCGUCCUGCUUGGACCCUUGUGUGCCUUCCACCCCUUCACCACCCCAUCUGCGGACACCAAGCACCUCCUUCUACUCCCGAUUGAAGUUUUCUCCACAAGACCUUGACAACUUCAGGUCCUAUCCCUCUAGUUCUCUGCAUAUGGGAAGUUUCGGUCAGGCUCGCCUGCUGUCCGAGGAGAUCCGAGGCGAUCCUCUUCUUGCCACGCGCGAAUCUGCUCAGAAUACAAGUCUUUGUGGAUGUGAUAAAUGUUUGAAGGAGUACGACCCAUGGUUUAGUGAGCUUAUGAAUGCAUCUCCUGAGCCCUUUUUGGCAAUGAAAAGCAAUAUUUCACAGGAUACCUUUACAUGGUGGAAGGGCAUACAGUUUGAAAAACGCAGCUUCAGUUACUACAAUACCACAGUGGAGAGGAUUUUUCAGGUGUUCCCACCCAGCCCAGAUUUUGCAGAAUCCAGCCCAGACCAUUGCAGGACUUGUGCUGUGGUGGGGAAUUUUGGUAAUUUGAAUGGAUCCCGCUAUGGACCUCUCAUAGAUUUUCAUGAUAUCGUUAUAAGAAUGAACCACGGCCGAACUAAAGGCUUUGAAAAAGACGUUGGAACUAAAACAACUCAUCAUGUGAUGUAUCCACAAAGUUCCACUAAUUUGGACAACACCACUCACCUUGUGCUGUUUCCAUUCAAGAUAAGUGAUUUACAGUGGCUCCUUAAAUCCCUCACUCAAGGCAGAAAAAAAGGGUUGAAAGCUAACAAGGAUUUGGUGGUGAUCCUCAGCCCAGCUUUCAUGAAAUAUGUUCAUUUUGUCUGGCUAAAAAACAAGGGACAUUAUCCAUCCACUGGCUUUCUGACUUUGAUUCUCAGCAUGCACAUGUGUGAUGAGGUCAGUGUAUUUGGCUUUGGAGCAGACAGAGCUGGAAACUGGAACCAUUACUAUGAGAUACUAAAAAAUCAACGUCUGAGAACCGGAAAUCAUCAUGGAAAUCUCGAGUAUGAACUCAUUCAGGAACUAUAUCAGCGACAGAAAAUUAGUUUUUUCAGAGGAUGGUAAUCUUUGUUUCUGUCUGUCUCUGUCUCUGUGUCAAUUCCCUUAACACGAGCAGCAAUGGACACUGUGGUGGACUGGACAAAGAAGUCAGCUUAGUGUUGUAGAUGUAAAAUGUAGUUGUUUCUUCUUGUCAUCACGCUUCUUGUGUAUUUUUUGAGCAUCAGUCAGUAUGUUAAGAAUUUACUUGCAUAGAAUCAAGUUUGGUCUUUUGACCAAAUAUACUUAUAUACAGUGAAAGUGCUAUCCAUUGUGUUUAUAACCAUUUUAAUGUGAAACAAUAUUACAUGCCCAUAUUACAGUUUGGUAUACCCGUUGUUGUAUUGUAUAUUUUUAUUCUUUCUUUUGUAUUAUUUCUCUCUAAAUAUCUUUUUUAUAUAUAUAUUUUUCUACUUUUAUGUUCACCUUGCAGCACCAUGAGUCUAAGAGCAAUAAAUCUGACUUUGACUUUGA